AUGGUCUCAACAUCAUUCUGUUAUGGUUGCGUAUAUAUCACACGAUAUGAAGAUCAAGGUGUAGGAUUACAGUGGCAAAAUUUUUGGACCAGUCCUGAUCCCAGAGAUGAGAUGUCAUUUGGUUUAGCCAUAGUUAUGAUGCUUGUUGGAAGUUUAAUCUAUUUUAUGCUGGGAUGGUACAUUUCUAAUGUAUGGCCAGCAAAUUUAGCACGUAAACAGCCAUGGUAUUUCUUUAUUUUGCCAAAAUAUUGGAAUUCAUAUAAAAAACAAAAAAGUAAGAAAUUUUCUCCUGAAUAUCCUCUACCACUGAAUCCAGCAAUAUUUAUAGAUAAUCAAUUGAAAGUAACACAUAAAGAUGAAAACUUAUCUGGAACAACUGGCCAAAUUGGAAUAUCUCUAAACAAUUUGUAUGUCAUAUAUAAUAAAAACAAGUCAAAGGAAAGAAUUGCUGUUGCAGGUUUAUCAUUAGACUUAUUUGAAGGACAUAUUACAACACUUUUAGGACAAAAUGGAGCUGGAAAAACAACAACAAUCAAUGUUUUGACCGGACAGCAUCCUCCUACCAGCGGUGCAGUUUUUGUAUAUGGAAGAACAAUACCAGAAGAAUUUUCGGAAAUCCAAAAACUUCUUGGUUAUUGUCCACAGUACAAUACUUUAUUUGACAGAAUGACUAUUAGAGAACAUCUUAAAUUCUAUGCUCAACUUAAAGGAAUUCUUUGUGGUAAAAAACUCGAAAAAGACAUCAAUGACAUGCUGCAAAGUAUGGGUUUAUGGAAUCAGCAAAAUGAACAGUCACGCUACCUGUCUGGUGGAAUGCGGCGACGUUUAUGUGUGGCUUUGGCAUUCAUUGGUGGAUCUAAGUUAAUCAUUUUAGAUGAACCAACAAGCAGUGUUGAUCCAGUAGCAAGACGUAAUAUAUGGGAUCUAAUAAUGAAAUGUAGAUAUGGUAAAUAUGAAUAUUAUAAACACAUCUACUUAGUCUACCUAGCAAUUCAUGUUUUUAGUAUGAUAUUAAAUAUUAAAAAGUCCAAUUACUUUAAUGAUAUCAACAAGUGUUUUUUAGUAAUGAAUAAAUUUAUGUACAAUUCCUAAUAGAUUUUCUUUAAUG